AAUAUAUGAUCUAGUGACCAGAUGCAUAAAAUAAUGGAGGAGAAAAUGCAAAGCUUUAAUUUAAACAAACAUGAAAUUUCGGAUGAGCAGAAGAAAAUUAAACAAGCCAUUCUAGCUUCAUACUCACAGGUAGAAGAUGGUGAUGAAAACGAUGAUGAAGAUGAUGAUGAUCAUGAUGAUGAUCUUGGACCUGGAUCCAGCGCAAACGUCCAAGCCGUCCAACAGGCCCAGGCUGAAUGGCGGGAGACCCAACGACAGGCCGCUAUGGCGAAGAAGGACAAGGACAAGCAGGACAGAGAGAAUCAGAAGAAACAAGCAGAGGACAGGAAGAAAAAAGCCCAAGAUAAAUCCGCCAAGGGAGAGCGGCGAAGUGGCCGAUAGAAGAAUUAUCUUUAACAUUUUUAUUUUCAGAAAAAAAAAUAGUUUUAAAAUGAGUCAAAGGAACAGCAGUGCUGUUUCUAGGCUGAAAAUGGAUUAUAUGAGACUAAAGAAGGAUCCUGUACCCUAUAUCGUUGCUGAACCACUACCCUCUAAUCUACUGGAAUGGCAUUAUAUUGUGAAAGGUCCAGGGGAUUCACCCUACGAAGGUGGGCAGUACCACGGGAAGCUAGUAUUUCCUGCGGAGUUUCCCUUUAAACCCCCGUCAAUAUAUAUGAUAACUCCGAAUGGUCGGUUCAAGACGGAUACCAGACUUUGUUUAUCCAUCUCAGAUUAUCAUCCAGAUACAUGGAAUCCAGCUUGGUCUGUAUCCACAAUAUUAACAGGUCUACUAAGUUUUAUGCUGGAAACGACCCCGACAUUAGGCUCUAUAGAAACUACAGAGAGAGAAAAGAAGAAAUUUGCCUACAGGUCCCUGGAGUUCAACCUGAAGAGCAAGGUGUUCAAAGACCUCUUCCCUGACCUGAAGAGGGAAGCUGAAGAUGAAAUUGUACGUAGAAAUCUUCUUCAAUCUCAACAAACAGUAGUUCCGGAUGAGAGCGUGAGUGAAAGAAGCGCCGGAAUGCCGGGAUUUGUUUCAUUCUUCCUCAAUCUCGGUGGAAUUGCCGCGCUAGCACUUCUAGUCAACUAUGUUCUACAGACACUAGAACUAGAACAAUAAUAAUAUAUAACACAGAAAUCUGGAUUCGAGUCUGCUAGCCAAAAGUUUAUAAAUUCCUAAUAUAAUUGUUUAAUUAUUUAAAGUUAGAUUGCACAAAUAUUAAUGAUAUUCUUUAAUUGUUCUCUGCCUAUUUAACCCUAUUCCUGCUGGGGGGGGGGUCAAUUUGACCCCCCCCCUGUAGUUUUUUUAAAAUUACUCAACAAGUA